AAAACACCAGCAGCAGCCCUGAACACGAGAACAGCACGGAUUCGGAGCACAAAUGGCCUUCCUGCAAUGCCCAGGAUGAAAUGCUCAACUUGGCCUUCACCAUCGGGUCCUUCCUGCUUAGUGCCAUCACACUGCCCCUGGGGAUCGUCAUGGACAAGUACGGCCCUCGCAAGCUGCGCCUGCUUGGCAGUGCCUGUUUUGCCGUGUCCUGUGUGCUGAUCGCGUAUGGUGCCAGUAACCCAGACUCUCUGUCUGUGCUGAUAUUCAUCGCACUGGCUCUGAAUGGCUUUGGUGGGAUGUGCAUGACCUUCACAUCGCUUACGCUGCCCAACAUGUUUGGUGACCUUCGUUCCACGUUCAUCGCUCUUAUGAUUGGCUCCUAUGCUUCCUCUGCUGUGACUUUUCCAGGAAUCAAGGUUAUAUAUGACUUUGGGGUCUCCUUCAUCCUUAUUCUGCUUGUCUGGGCAAGCUGUGCAGGGCUGGUGUUUCUCAACUGUUUCUUCAAUUGGCCGCUGGAGCCUUUCCCAGGACCAGAAGACAUGGACUAUUCGGUGAAAAUAAAGUUCAGCUGGCUGGGAUUUGACCACAAAAUCACUGGGAAACAGUUUUACAAGCAAGUGACAACUGUGGGGCGCCGUCUCAGUGUGGGGAGUUCCAUGAAGGGCCCCAAGGAGCCAACAGCCUUGCAGGAGAAUAACAAGCUGUGUCUGUCUACGGUGGACCUGGAAGUGAAGUGCCAGCCCGACAACGCAGCUUCUCCCUCCUUCAUGAAGAGUGUCUUCAGUCCUAUCUUGCUGCUCAGCCUUAUCACCAUGUGCGUCACUCAGCUGCGCCUCAUCUUCUACAUGGGAGCUAUGAACACCAUCCUUGAGUUUCUGUCUGGAGACGAAGAUCAAGUGGCUCUCUACACCUCCAUUUUUGGGGUACUGCAACUGCUGUGCUUGCUGACAGCGCCUGUGAUCGGGUACAUCAUGGAUUGGCGACUGAAGGAGUGCGACGAUGGCAGCUCAGAAGAGAAUGACGACAGCAAUGCUGAGCGGAGCGACAAGAAAAAGAAAAAACGUGAUCGUCAGAUCCAGAAGAUCACCAAUGCCACCAAUGCCUUUGCAUUCACAAACGUCCUGCUGGUUGGAUUUGGAAUCACCUGUCUUAUUCCUAAUCUACCACUGCAGAUUCUUUCCUUCAUUUUGCACACAAUUGUGAGAGGAUUCAUCCACUCGGCUGUGGGAGGCCUCUAUGCAGCUGUAUAUCCCUCUACUCAGUUUGGCAGCCUGACAGGGUUGCAGUCGCUGAUCAGUGCCCUCUUCGCCCUCCUGCAGCAGCCACUUUUUAUGGCAUUGACGGGACCUUUGGAAGGAGACCCUCUCUGGGUGAAUGUUGGCUUGCUUGGUGUGAGCUUCCUAGGUUUCUGCCUUCCAAUCUACCUGGUCUGCUACAGACGCAGGCUAGAGAGAGAAAAAAAGCAGAAGAUGGAUGAUGCCAAACUUUUCUUCAAAAUCAAUGGCACUCCCAACGAGGAAGCCUUUGUUUAAACUGGUGCUUCAAGUACAACCUCCCCUGUACAGGUUCCUACCACAUCCGUGGGUUCUACCUGUGGUGUAAGCCAGGUUUGUCUCUCCUGGCUCUGCCAAUCUUUGCUCAUCACUGGAGUGAGGGCCGGACAUCAUGACUGAGCUUUCCUCAGAUAUAUGGCAGAAGGAGACUUCCCCCUCCUUACUCCAGAACACAGGACACUUUUCCUUUUUAUCAAGGCCACGCAGAUAUUGUGUCUUAAAUUAUCCCGAUCACGCUCUCCAGUGGCAGAGUCUCUGCAUAGGAAAGUGGAGAGAGAAGGAGUAGAGGGAUGGGG